GCCAACAACAUUUGCAAGCUCGAAUGAAGCACCACAAAUUGUUCAUUCAUAUCACAAUGUCUUCAAAGGUUUCGCUGCAAAAUUAUCGGCUGAGGAUGUGAAAACGAUGGAGAAGAAGCCUGGUUUCAUAUCUGCUCAGCCUCAAAUGUUACUAUCUUUGCACACUACCCACAGUCCUAAUUUUUUGGGGUUGCAUCAGAAUGUGGGAUUUUGGAAUGAAUCGAAUUACGGUAAGGGGGUCAUCAUUGGAGUCUUGGACUCUGGAAUUGCACCGGACCAUCCAUCAUUUAGUGAUGAAGGAAUGCCUCCACCACCUGCUAAAUGGAAGGGAAAGUGCCAAUUCAAUACUUCAGCAUGCAAUAACAAAUUGAUUGGAGCAAGAUUUUUCAGCGAUGGAAAUGGUUCGCCAAUGGAUGAGGAUGGUCAUGGUACUCACACUGCAGGCACUGCUGCUGGAAACUAUGUGAAGGGUGCUAAUGUUUUCGGAAAUGCUAAUGGCACUGCUGUUGGUGUUGCGCCUCUAGCUCACUUGGCAAUUUACAAAGUGUGCUCCCCUGGUUGUUCGGAGAGUGACAUAUUGGCUGCGAUGGAUGCUGCCAUACAUGAUGGAGUUGACAUCCUUUCCCUCUCCCUCCAAGGAGGAUCAGGCCCAUUUUACGCUGACAAUAUUGCUAUGGGUGCAUAUAGUGCAAUGGAAAAGGGCAUUUUUGUCAGCUGCUCUGCUGGAAAUAGCGGUCCUUUUAAUCGCUCUUUAUCAAAUGAAGCCCCGUGGAUUCUCACUGUUGGUGCAAGCACCAUUGAUAGGAAAAUCAGGACAAGUGCCAAGCUUGGAAACAAUGAGGAAUUCAAUGGCGAGUCGCUUUAUCAGCCUAAGGAUUUUCCUCCGGCAUUGUUCCCUCUGUACUAUACUGGCAUGAACCAGAGCGAUUUUAACUCUGGAUAUUGUGGCUCAGGAUUAUUGAACGACACUGGAGUCCUGGGGAAAAUAGUGGUGUGUGACAAUGGUGGCGGAGUAUCACGAAUUGCGAAGGGACAAAAUAUCAAGAGUUCUGGUGGUGUCGGUAUGAUCCUUAUUAACCAAUUGUCACAAGGAUAUGCAACAUCAGCUGAUGCUCAUGUCCUUCCUGCAACACAUUUAAGUUAUACUGAUGGAGUAAAGGUUUUGGCCUACAUAAACUCGACAAAAUCACCCAUGGGUUCGAUCUCGUUUAAAGGGACUAUUAUUGGAGACCAUCAAGCUCCAUUGGUUGCUGCAUUUUCUUCUAGAGGUCCAAGCAGGACAAGUCCUGGUAUUCUGAAGCCUGAUAUUAUUGGCCCUGGUGUCAACAUUCUUGCAGCCUGGCAUCGCUCUGUCGAAAACAACAGCAACACAAAAGCCACUUUUAACGUAAUCUCUGGGACAUCAAUGUCUUGUCCUCAUCUCAGUGGUGUUGCCGCACUUCUCAAAAGUGUGCACCCGGAUUGGUCUCCAGCUGCAAUUAAGUCUGCGAUCAUGACUACAGCUGAUAUUGUGAACCUGGCCAAGAAUCCAAUUGAGGAUCAAACGCUCCUUCCUGCUAACGUCUUUGCCACUGGCUCAGGCCAUGUGAACCCCGCUAAAGCAAACAAUCCAGGGCUGAUUUAUGACAUCGAACCGAAAGAUUACAUCCCUUAUUUGUGCGGAUUGAAUUACACAAACAGGGAGGUUAGUCACCUUGUACAACGCAAGGUGAACUGCACGGCAGAAUCAAGCAUUCCUGAAGCACAACUGAACUACCCUUCAUUUUCAAUCGUUUUUGGAUCCAGUAUUCAGAAGUAUACGAGGAUGGUUACCAAUGUGGGUGAGGCUAAAUCGGUUUACACAGUUAAGGUUGCUCCGCCAGCAGGGGUCAAUGUUACAGUCAAACCCAAUACACUUAGUUUCUCAGAGGUGAACCAAAAAUUGACAUAUGAAGUCACAUUUAGCCUAUUAGCAUCUUCUGCUAACAAUACAGUAUCUCAAGGUUCCCUUGCAUGGACUUCAGCAAAGUACUCAGUCAGGAGCCCAAUUGUAGCACUUUUUGGAGCAACGCAGAGGUUCUAG